GAAUUGCGGAAGAAAAAACGAAAUCCCACUUUUUUGGUGGGGAAAACUCAGUGCCUGAGUGCCUUGACGCCUCAGGCAGGCAUAAGACUUAUCAGCCAAUCAGCGCAAUGUACAAAAUACGGGUGCCUGACUGCCUCAUCGAUCGGCUUUCUAUUCUUAUUCCUCGAUACGAACACCAUUUGUCCUUUUCUUUUCUUCCAGUUCCCCUCCCCUUUGUACUCUUUUUCUUUCUCACAUCUCACUGUCCAGCUGGUGCUGCUGGGCAUUCUUCUGGACCUUAAAAGUCAUGUUCUUGUGAGGCUGUUUGAGUCAAAGUCCCCUUGUCCGUCGCGGAGAUCAUCUCUUUUCAUCUGAUCUGUCUAUCUUUAUCGAUUUUGUGCAUCAUAUUUAUCCUAUACAGGGCCACCCAUUGCAUAUUUAAUUCAGAUCACACAGCAUCCCAUUACUGCAUUCUGGUCUAAUUCUGUGUUCGCCGACAAUCUUAUCAAAAAUGUCCUUUCUCCAGGGGCUGUGUGGUUGCAUUGCGCGUCCCAGUUCCCCGCCUAGGCCGACUCCAGCCCCUCAAAUGAUGACCGUCUCCGAUCAUCCAAGGAGAAGCAGCAACACCAGAUCCUGGACUGAAGGCGAUGACUGGGCCAUCACCCGCCCUACUGACCAUGAUGCUGGCUAUUCGUCUGUUGUCCCUUUGCCGCGGUAUACACCCCGUCCCGUAAGCAUCCAGGAGAAGACAUUGGCGGCCCACAUGCGCGAUCCAUCCAUCUCCUCAUCGUCACUAUCAUCGUCAUCUUAUCCGGACGAAAAGAGCCGCAACGUAUAUCACUCCAGUAAUCGCCCAGAGGAUCUCACUUCGGACGUCUCAUCGGCGAUCUCUUUCCCUAGCAGCUACGGGAAUACCUCGACGGCAACGGGGGAAACGCCCCCGCCACCAUACUCGCCACGAGUAUCGCCAGCACCGUCAAGAUCCAUGUCUGUCUCAUCGAUGUAUCCGCCUGUGGUUCCAGCUCAGAUCGCACCCCCCAGACCGGUCCUGCAGCGACCGGAUUUACCAUCAAGGUGUCGUGCUGAUCAGCAACGGCUAUCACAACACCGGAGAUCGUGGGAGAGUCGGUGAUUGGCGGGGGGCUGCUCCCCAUGCAAAUAACGUUUGAUCAAAAUUUAUAGUAAUUAUCUCAUAUCGGUAUUGUCUUCUUUCUGAUGGAUUUGUCUUAUAGUGGGUAUGGUUUAUUGGGCUUGGGUGGGAUGACACGCAGGGCGUGGUCUUUGAUUUGAAGGUGGGGAGUUUCAUAU